AAUGCUAAUCGGGUUACAGUAUCACCCACAGCGUUAUCCAUUAUUACCCAGAAUGCUAAUCGGGUUACAGUAUCACCCACAGCGUUAUCCAUUAUUACCCAGAAUGCUUAUCGGGUUACAGUAUCACCCACAGCGUUAUCCAUUAUUACCCAGAAUGCUAAGCGGGUUACAGUAUCACCCACAGCGUUAUCCAUUAUUACCCAGAAUGCUAAGCGGGUUACAGUAUCACCCACAGCGUUAUCCAUUAUUACCCAGAAUGCUAAUCGGGUUACAGUAUCACCCACAGCGUUAUCCAUUAUUACCCAGAAUGCUAAUCGGGUUACAGUAUCACCCACAGCGUUAUCCAUUAUUACCCAGAAUGCUAAUCGGGUUACAGUAUCACCCACAGCGUUAUCCAUUAUUACCCAGAAUGCUAAUCGGGUUACAGUAUCACCCACAGCGUUAUCCAUUAUUACCCAGAAUGCUAAUCGGGUUACAGUAUCACCCACAGCGUUAUCCAUUAUUACCCAGAAUGCUAAUCGGGUUACAGUAUCACCCACAGCGUUAUCCAUUAUUACCCAGAAUGCUAAUCGGGUUACAGUAUCACCCACAGCGUUAUCCAUUAUUACCCAGAAUGCUAAUCGGGUUACAGUAUCACCCACAGCGUUAUCCAUUAUUACCAAGAAUGCUAAUCGGGUUACAGUAUCACCCACAGCGUUAUCCAUUAUUACCCAGAAUGCUAAUCGGGUUACAGUAUCACCAACAGCGUUAUCCAUUAUUACCCAGAAUGCUAAUCGGGUUACAGUAUCACCCACAGCGUUAUUCAUUAUUACCCAGAAUGCUAAUCGGGUUACAGUACUUCCACAGCGCAUCCAUUAUUACCCAGAAUGCUAA